AUGGCAUGCCAGUUUCGAAAGCUCGCAAGUUUAGCUGAUAUUGCAAUGUGGAAGAGAACUCUGCAUCCAAUUGAAAUUCGUGCAAUUUAUGAGCAAAAAACUACGAUCGAAAAAGUCAGUGUAGCGAAAUAUGUUCUGGAUGGAACGAGAAUAAGUCGGCGAGGGACAGAUAGCUGAAAAGAUUUUAUAUCAAGAGUUUUCUCUUUUAAUUCCAGUUUCUAAAUUGAAACAGUGUACUGUUGUUGUUACUUUAAUCCAAAACAUGAAACCAGUACAUUGACUGGAUAAACCAAUUGAUGUCUAUGGUGAUAAGUUAACUGAUAUUCUAGUCACGUAUUGGCAAAUGAAUUCUGUCUCUGCUUUACUAUUUUCAUUCUUCUUUCAGGAAUAUUUUUGACAUCAUUUUGUUGCAAGAAAAAAUGACGUUUUAACAAGAAAACAAAAAUGAGUGAAUUUUGUUUUUUCUGUUCUUUGGUUUAACUCAUAAAAAGUAAAUUUUAAGGUGAAUUAUUUGUAUCUAGAUCAUUAUAGUAUAGUAUAGAAAUGAACCAACAAAAUAAGAAAGAAAAAAAGGAAAAUCCUAACAAAUCUUAUAAUAUAUAGAAAAUUCCUAUUCAUUAGCAAAAUCUUAGUGUAGAGUAUUAUGAUAAAUGCAAAAUAUUCACAUGACAGUGACAAAUAAAAUGAAAUGAAGGAGAAUAAUUCUGCUUUUAUUGAAGUAUGAUAAUUGAUCACUAACUAAUGGUAAUGGUUCAUUAAUUACUUUUGUCGGAUCAAGAUCAACAUGCACAUUUUGUCCUAAUAUAUGUUCAUUUUUAGAAAAUGGUCUAAAAAAUUUAGUUCUUUUACCUGAAAAUCAUGUUAUUGCAUUUAAUAUUACUUAUAUGCAUUGUACAAGUGUAUCUCUACUAUAAACUAUGAAUUCAUUUCGUACAAGUCCUUUAGUUGUUAUACGGAUGAGCUCAAAAGGGGUAGAAUAUUAAAAAAUGGUCUUUUUGCAGAUUAGUUUUCUCGU